GAAUUAACGUCACAUGACUGUGGCCAUGAAUUUGAAUGUGAUGUAGAUACAUCCGACGAUUUCAACGAUCUUUUUCUUAAAAAUAUUUGUUUAUUUUACUUAAAACUGCAAGGGCAGCUCUUAGUGCCUGAUUCAACCACACAGAACAUUGUUGAGGAGAUUCAAAAUAUACACGAGUUGGGUCAGACAUAUACUUUAAGUAAACUUGCUUCACAGCUAAAGAAUGAAACAUCCUUAACAGAAGAUGAGAUCACCAAAAUUUGUCAGUCUGUCAAGGAAUCUGAUCUGUUUUCUGCAUGUCAUACAGGGCCAAUGAGGACUGCACACACAAGAGCUCAGUGUUUCAAAAAAAAUUUCAAUUAUGUGGAGCCUAAGACUGUUUUGUUAGGAAGGGAUGAGAACAGAAAAGAUAGGUUUGCCUAUUAUGUGCCAGUCAAAGAGACUUUAAAAUGCUUAUUGCAGUCUGAUAUGUGGCAGGAUUGUAUGUCUGAGGAGCACCCCACUGACACACCCACAGAUGUUUUAACUGAUGUUACUGAUGGCCAGAUGUUCAAAUCAAAUGACUUUUUUGUUCAGAAUCCAUCAGGCCUAAAACUAGUACUGUAUCAGGAUGCAUUCGAAGUUGUUAAUCCUUUAGGCUCUGCAAAGACAAGACAUAAAAUAUUAGCUGUUUAUUUAUCUGUAGCUAAUUUGCCACUUCAUGUAAGGUCAGACACAAACCACAUGUCACUUGUUUUAUUGUGCAGAGAAAAAGAUUUUAAAGAAUUUGGGCAUGCUAAGGUGUUCUCUAAUUUACUAGCAGACUUAAAGUAUUUGGAGGAGAAUGGAAUUCCUGUUUCAGAUGAAACCGUAGUAAAAGGAACGGUCUAUUGCAUUGCCGGCGAUAAUUUAGGAUCCCACUGCAUUGGUGGGUUCUCUGAAAAUUUCAGCCGUGCAGAACAUUUCUGUAGAUAUUGUCUAAUUACUCGAUCUGAAUUUCAGGGUGAUCCAAAUCUGUGUGGACCAGCCCGGACAAUUCAAAACUAUAACUCAGCAAUUGACCGCAUCCAAGCAGAAGGAGCACAAGACGUGGAAGGAGUAAAAUUCAGAAUGGAUGACGUAGAGCCAAGCAACAUAAGCAGUGCCAUUACUAAUGUGUUACCAGACCUACCAACCUCAAAUCUAAAUAUUGUAUUGGAGACAUUACAAUCUUUAGGUGUGGGAGCCACUGAAGAUUUACAGUAUAUUAAGGAAGCUGAUCUGCUCACAGUACUGAGACCAGUUCAAGCUAGAAAACUGUUGGCUGCAUGGAAACAAUCCACAGAGACAACUGAAUUCCAUAGUCAGUCAACAUUGACCUCUCCAGUGUCCUCAGCGUGCUCCUCAGUCUCACUGUCUUCCUCACCCUCACCCUCACCAUCACCCAGACACAUGAUUGCUACUGCAGAUUGGGUCGACAGCUUCCAGAUUCCAUGGGAGAAGCUCCCAGAAGCCUUAAUGCAGAGUUUGGAGAGAGGGAAAAGGCCAAGCUCAAAGUUACGCAGAGAACUGAUCCGAAUUGUAGUUGCUGAAAUGAUGCAUGCCUCUUCUUCUCCUGGUAAACAAUCCUCCACAGAGGUUGCGAAGAAAAUGGUAGCAAAGUAUCCACUGUCACUGCAAGAUGUUAUAGAAGGUGAUGUGGUAGGAACAGGAUAUCACUCACUCGUCAAGCAGCUGCAAGCACGAAUUGAAAAUGUAAAGCGGUGUCACGUUCAACAAAAAUAAGAGUCAAAAUAGGAUCCAAAUGCAAGUGAAAAUAAGGUUUAUUUGACCAAGUCAAAAUAAACAAACAGGGAAGUGACAG